AUGCCAUCGCUGCAGCCGGCUGCACUGCUGGCGAUGCUGGUGCUGCUGACCGCCGCCCACGAUGGAAUUGCAGCUCCAGACAUCACCAUGUCCAUACACAGCGACCUAGCUGGUAGUGGAACACCGAGCUCUUUCACUGUCAAUCAGGUCUAUGCUCUAAUUUCCAAUAUCGAAUUCAGACUGAGAGAUUUGUCAAAUACAUUAAGACGGGAUCAACAAAUGGAAAGAAUAAAUUCCAGGAUAGACAUAAUGUUCAACAAGCUUAGUCAUUUAGAAGUAUCCAACGAAAUGUGGUUCGAUAAAUUUCAGCAGUCGGUGAUGGAGGAAUGUGGUCCGAACCACAUGACCAGACGUCUGGACAAGGCUCAGCAACAACUAGAGAUAACAUUAGAACACAUGGAGACCAAUCUACAGUCCGUCCAAAAUCAUCAGAAAGAACUGGAGAAAGAAAUCAAAAAAGUGGCAGACAGACAGACAGAAAUGGCAACAGACAUUCAGACAAUGCGAAAAGACAUGAGUUCAGAGUUUGAAAAACACAAUUCCAAUCAGAUUACCUUCAGGAAACAGUUACAAGACACUGUUGCAAAUUUAUCUCAACAACCCAAAAUCACGGACAGAUCAAUGAGUGCCUGUUCGUGUAAUCAAGACGGUGAUUUCAGUCAAAUUCCGGAAACAACGACUAUUAACAAACUAGCUACAGCGAUAAGUAAUAUGUACAAUGGGCUCAAAGACCGUACAGAUCACAUAAGCAUCUCACUCAAGGAAUUAGUGGAGAAUACUGACAAGUAUAGACGGAGAUUGGACUCCGAUAGACGAGGCGUGAUAAACGAGUUUUUAGACAGUUUCUUGGAAGCGGCCAUCGACAAAAUAACAGCGAUUCAGAAAAAAUCAGAAAACGAACUUGAAGUCAAGUUCAAAGAGCACUUGCAAUUACUCGUUGAUGGACAAAACUUGUUCAUGGACAAUUGUCACCGGUUGCAAUCAAACGAACGACAAAUCGAGAACGAUAUGGUUGAUAUAUUGGAAAGGAUAUUAGACCGUAUUGAUAACAAGAGUAAGUCCGAGGGCACGACGUUGGAACAAAUACCGAAAACGUUGAAAACCCAAAGCAGCCUGGAGGAGAAGAUGUUCGCGGAGCUUUCGGAACUCGUCAAGACACAGUCUGACCAGUUGACCAGAACAGUAGCCUACUCCACCAACCAAGUGUUAAAGUUGCACCAGGACGUAACGAACAUUUCCAACGCGCUGAUGGCCGUCAACAAUCAUGGCGGACUCUGCAAUUUCACCGUGUCCACGACGGACAUGAACGACAGACUACCCUUGCACAAUACCAACAACAGCCAUAGCAGCAACCCAUCGACUUUAAAAAACAAGUACAACAUCGAAAAACCUACAACAUUGAUGCCGAACCAGAACCGUUCUCCACAUGAUUAGAAUAAAAAUAAACCGUGUAAAUAGUACAAUAUAUUAUUAUGCACUUGAUUUGUCA